CUCACAUCAAUUUACUGAUAAUUUAUCUACAUUGGAGUUUGAAAAAUCAGUGUUUUCAUCUAAAUUUACUUGUGUUAAGAUAAUAUUGAACAAGGAAUCGCGUCAAGUCAAACUUGUAUUCCACUCAACCAUUUAAACCACUACACACUACAUUAUGGAUCUGGGAGACACUUAUGAAGAAAGUGAUAAGUUAACGAUUAUGCCUCUUGGGGCUGGUCAAGAAGUUGGAAGGUCAUGUAUACUGUUAACAUUUAAAGGGAAGAAGAUAAUUCUUGAUUGUGGUAUACAUCCUGGAUUACGCAACCGAGAGAGCUUACCAUUCAUUGAUGCGAUCCCAGAUAUCCAAACGACAGACCUCAUUUUGAUUAGUCACUUUCAUCUUGAUCACUGUGGAGGGCUCCCACAUUUGCUUUUGAAGACUGGAGCUAAGUCAAAGUGUUACAUGACACAUGCAACGAAGGCUAUUUAUCGUUAUUUGCUUGCUGACUUUGUUCGCGUCAGUAAUUCUGGCGGCCUACCGGAUCAAUUAUUGUACAGUGAUCGAGACAUAGUAGCUAGCUUAGACCAUAUUGAUACCAUAGAUUUUCACCAAGAACUUGAAGUUAACGGGAUAAAGUUUUCUGCCUAUCAUGCUGGACACGUGUUAGGUGCAGCUAUGUUCCUAAUAGAAAUUGCUGGUGUGAAAAUUUUAUACACUGGAGAUUUCAGCCGACAGGAAGAUAGACAUUUAAUGUGUGCUGAAAUUCCUCCUAUACGUCCAGAUGUUCUGAUAACCGAAGCUACUUAUGGUAUCCAUAUCCAUGACAAACGAGAAGAAAGGGAAGCUAGGUUUACUAGCUUAGUUCACGAUAUUGUCACUCGUGGAGGACGCUGUUUGAUUCCAGCAUUUGCACUUGGCAGAGCCCAAGAAUUAAUGUUGAUUCUUGAUGAAUAUUGGGACAAUCAUCCAGAACUGCACGACAUACCUAUCUAUUACGCCAGUCAGCUCGCACGAAAAUGUAUGGCAGUUUACCAAACAUAUAUUUAUGCCAUGAACGAACGAAUUCGCAACCAACUAGCGAACAACAAUCCAUUCUGUUUCCGACACAUAUCGAAUUUAAAGAGUAUUGAACAUUUUGAUGAUUCUGGUCCAUGUGUGGUUAUGGCCAGUCCCGGAAUGAUGCAGUCUGGUCUUAGUCGAGAGCUGUUUGAGAACUGGUGCACAGACAAACGUAAUGGAGUAAUUAUUGCAGGCUAUUGUGUUGAGGGUACUCUUGCAAAACAAAUUUUAUCUCUACCAACUGAAGUGCCGACAAUGUCAGGUCAAAUGUUACCGUUGAAAUGUUCGGUGGAUUAUAUUAGUUUCUCUGCUCAUACUGACUAUCAACAGACGAGUGCAUUUAUCCGAGAACUAAAACCAAGCUAUGUCGUAUUAGUACACGGCGAACAAAACGAAAUGUUACGGUUAUGUGGGGCUUUACAAAGGGAAUAUGAAGAUGAUGAAACAUGUAGACUGGAAAUAUUUACACCUAAAAAUUGUGUCCCGGUUAAUCUACGUUUUCGUGGUGAGAAAGUUGCUAAAAUUUUGGGCAGUCUUGCUCAUAGUGCUCCUAAAGAAGGUCAAACUAUUUCAGGAGUACUUGUAAAGAAAAAUUUCGCAUAUCAUAUUUUAACACCUGGUGAAUUACCGACAUACACUGAACUAGCUACAACUGUAGUAAACCAAGUCAUUUCUAUUCCAUUUACUGGUAGUGCUAAUCUUUUGAAAUUCCAUCUGGCUUUACUUGCUGGUAGCGUAGAUACGGUAUCUCAAAAAUCAGAUAAUGUACAAUAUCGUGUAUUUGAUGCAAUUAAUAUUACUUGGCGACCACAACAGUUAACUAUGGAAUGGCAGUCCAAUCCUACAAGUGACAUGUAUGCGGACGCUGUACAGAAUGUUAUUUUACGUGCUGCUAUGCAAGGAAUGCCGCCCAGAGGCUUACCUCAUCUUAUUGAACCGAACAAAGAACAAUUUCGAUCUGCCCUCGAAGUAGCACUUCAAGAUGCAUUCGGUAUUGACUGUUUAGAAGAAGAGAUAAUUAAGCCUGAUGCUAAUCAUGUUAUAGUACAUGUUGAUUCUCAUGUCGCUGAAGUGAAUCUAUGCGAUUUAGUAAGAAAUAAUUUUCUCAUUUGUUUUGUAAUCUUAUUCUCGUCAUCUCUUGACGCUGUAAUAUAUUUCACGGUUCACCAUACGUUGUAUUGCGUUAGUUAAACGAUUUACUUAUUGAAAACCAUCAAUCUAUCGUUUACUAACCUACACUUUUCGUAGGAUACUUAGUGCGAUUAGUUAAAAAACAUUAACUUGGCUUAAAUGGGGUUUAAAAAUUAAAGCAAUAUUGAUACAUGUUCAUCACUUCACACUUGGUGGUAUCAGUGCAAAUCAUCUUUGCAUUUCAUAAUGAUUAUAUUACAUUUUAAUAGUUGAGAUCACGAGUCAUUUGAAACUGGACGACCAUGGAAUGUAUGUAAACCUGAUUGUCCCAUCAUUUUCAGCUGUUGUAUUUAAUUUCCACUUUAGAAUAACUGUUGGGUAUUUUUACUGACUAGUAACACCUAAAUGUUUUCGCUUUAGGUUUGCUUAUCAGAAAGUGUUAUAACUUUUCAUUUUGUUCUUUAAAAAGUUUUCAUCUUAGUGAUAUUUAGUCAUUCAACUGAUUAUGUACAAUUAUUUAAUAGAUGAUUUUCUUUCAUAUAUCAAUGUGAAUUGAAGAGUUAUCCGAAAAAAAUUAGUGAUAGUGAAAGCACUAAAACGGUUUUUUUAUUUGAAAACUAUGUACCUACUGCUCACUUUUAGUUCUUUCAAGCUUGAAGUCAUCAGUAAUGGUAAGAAAUUGAAAUAUGAAUAUCAGUGACAAUUAAUAUAUAGGAUAUUGUUAAAAUGGAUGUAAUUGGUUUCUGCCGCAAAUCAGUACUAACUAGGAAACAUUGAAACCCAGAAAACACUAGGUAACUAUCUCGUUCUAUUAUUGGGUUCUUCAAUAGUGAAUACACACAAGAACCAUUUGACUUAAUGGUUUACAGAUAACGUAUUCACCAUGAGAGCUAAAGGUUUUGGAUCCUAUCUACGGUGGGGUCGUGGGUUUAGAUCGCCGUGAAGUUCAUACUUACACGGAAUAUUCGUCCUGUGCUCCCUCGUUUCCAGCGGCUUUCCACUUGAUAUUAAUAUGUGACGAAAACUGACUUUUACGUAUCUCUUUAGUCUUCUUAAACAAGUAUAGAUUUCUCUUUAUGCUUUGACAUUCAUUUCGCUCCUCAUUACGGCAUAUUUCAGUGUCAAAUUUGAUUCGCAAUAAUUAUUACCAAAAAAAUAAUAUGCUUCUUGGUCAUUUGUACAGCUCUUCUCUCAUAAUAGAACGUCUUCAAAUUAAGAAAUAUCUGUGAAGGAAAUUGUUAUUGAUCUGAUAAUUAACUAACUGGUCAAUAACAUUUAUCUUCAACAUAUGCUUCGUAUAAGAUUCAAGCCUAUGUUGUUUGAUAAAGUCUCUGGAGACGUUACGAAUAGUACCUCUAACAUCAAGUUAUGUAUAUUACGUGGUUUUUCGACGAAAAACAAUAGUAUUCUUGCCGAUCUUCAGACUUGUUGUUCGGCGACUGUGUACAUCACGAUUAUUGUAAUCAGUUGCUAAUAUCUAUGAUAUAAUUCAUUGUAAUAGGAUUUUCUUUUAAUAUUAUAUUGUAGUCCGUCUCGUGUAAAACCAAUCCAAGAUUGGAGCAUAUUCUUCAAGUUAUGGUCAGUCGAUUAAACCAUUGUAUUUCAGCUAUGUGAAUUAUUUUGUAAAUUAUAAUCUUUUCCACACAAACUUUUUUUUCUGUUACAAUCAUUUUCCGCUUGUGUCCAUAAAUCUAUUUUACUUGAUGUUCAGGCCUUUAUGCGUAGUCGAGAAAUUUAACUAAUUAGAGGGAUAGUCCAUUAAUAAAAUUAAUCUAAUAUCUAUAACGACUAUAAAUAAUAUGGCUAUGUUAUUCACACUUUUUAAAAUGAUUUAUUCGCAAAUAUCGCAUAUGAUCUGAAGCAACAAGUUUCAACAAUGAUGACUAAGUGAUAGGGGACUUUGUGGCAAAACUGAGUCACUCUAAAGUGUCAACACUUUACUGUAUAAAUUAUUAACUAUAAUGAUCGAGUAAUAGAGCUUUUCGAAUCACAUUUUCAGACCUCUGUUAGAGUCUGUCCCUAACUUCCCACUUACUCAAUCUCCAUAUCCCCAUCAAUUGAUCUCGAAGUUGGGCGCCUACUGUGUCUUUCAUGCAGUUGAGCAAUAACCUGUUGAAAACUUCUCCUGGUACUGACAACAAACUGACGCCUCUGUUGUUCUCAUAUUUGCUCAGAUCUCAUUUCUUUGGUAUCUUAAUGAGGUAUCCUUCUUUCCAGUCUGUCUAUGGCACUUGUUCUUCCUCCCGAAUCUUCUUGAAUAGAAGGUAAAGACGUUUGCAGUUACUUCAAUGUCUGACUUCAGCGCUUCAGAUGGUAUAUUGUCAUGUCCUGCC